UCCGCCGAGUGGGGAGGGGCCGCCAGUGCGCGCCACUUUUCGCCUGUCGGGGCACUGCGCCAGCGCAGGGCAGCCCAGAGGCGGGGUUGCGUCGCUGCGCCUGCGCGGCGGGAAGCCGGCGGGGAGUUCUUUCUCCAGAGGUCCACGUUCCAGUCUCCGCCUAGACCCUUCUGGGUUCGGCAGUUGUCGCGGUGUUGGAGUGGCGCAGGGUCGCGCGUCCCCGGCAGGGGGCGUGUCUGUGGGCCGCGCCUCCUUCUCCGCCCCGCGAGCCUCUCUGACCACCCCUCUUUUCUAGAGUUCUGCCUCGCUUCCUGGCGCAGUCGCAGCUCUCAGCCCACUCAGGAUAAUGGCGACAGCUGAGGUACUGAACAUUGGUAAAAAAUUGUAUGAGGGUAAAACAAAGGAAGUCUACGAAUUGUUAGAUAGUCCAGGAAAAGUCCUCCUGCAGUCCAAGGACCAGAUUACAGCAGGAAAUGCAGCUAGGAAGAAUCACCUGGAAGGAAAAGCUGCAAUCUCAAAUAAAAUCACCAGUUGUAUUUUUCAGUUGCUACAGGAAGCAGGUAUUAAAACUGCCUUCACCAGAAAAUGUGGGGAGACAGCUUUCAUUGCACCUCAGUGUGAAAUGAUUCCAAUUGAAUGGGUUUGCAGAAGAAUAGCAACUGGUUCUUUUCUCAAAAGAAAUCCUGGUGUCAAGGAAGGAUAUAAGUUUUACCCACCUAAAGUGGAGUUGUUUUUCAAGGAUGAUGCCAAUAAUGACCCACAGUGGUCUGAGGAACAGCUGAUUGCUGCAAAAUUUUGCUUUGCUGGACUUGUUAUAGGCCAAACUGAAGUGGAUAUCAUGAGUCAUGCUACACAGGCUAUUUUUGAAAUACUGGAGAAAUCCUGGUUGCCCCAGAAUUGUACUCUGGUUGAUAUGAAGAUUGAAUUUGGUGUUGAUGUAACCACGAAAGAAAUUGUUCUUGCUGAUGUUAUCGAUAAUGAUUCCUGGAGACUCUGGCCAUCAGGAGAUCGAAGCCAACAGAAAGACAAACAGUCUUAUCGGGACCUCAAAGAAGUAACUCCUGAAGGGCUCCAAAUGGUAAAGAAAAACUUUGAGUGGGUUGCAGAGAGAGUAGAGUUGCUUUUGAAAUCAGAAAGUCAGUGCAGGGUUGUAGUGUUGAUGGGCUCUACUUCUGAUCUUGGUCACUGUGAAAAAAUCAAGAAGGCCUGUGGAAAUUUUGGCAUUCCAUGUGAACUUCGAGUAACAUCUGCACAUAAAGGACCAGAUGAAACCCUGAGGAUUAAAGCUGAGUAUGAAGGGGAUGGCAUUGCUACUGUUUUUGUGGCAGUGGCAGGCAGAAGUAAUGGUUUGGGACCAGUGGUGUCCGGGAACACUGCAUAUCCAGUUAUCAGCUGUCCUCCCCUCACACCAGACUGGGGAGCUCAGGAUGUGUGGUCUUCUCUUCGACUACCCAGUGGUCUUGGCUGUUCAACCAUACUUUCUCCAGAAGGAUCAGCUCAGUUUGCUGCUCAGAUAUUUGGAUUAAACAACCAUUUGGUAUGGGGAAAACUGCGAGCAAGCAUUUUGAACACAUGGAUUUCCUUGAAGCAGGCUGAUAAGAAAAUCAGAGAAUGUAAUUUAUAAGAAAGAAUGUCAUUGAAUUUUUUAGGGGGAAAACUAUAAAUUUCUAAUUUAGCUGAAGGAAAAUCAAGCAAGAUGAAAGGUGAUUUUAGAUUAGAGAAUACAAACAAAAUGUAUUAGUGAAUAAAUGCUUCUCUAUAUCCAUAUUAAUAAACAUGAACACCUAACCCAUCCUU